CCCAAGCCCUGCUGGGCCCGCCCGUGCGGUCUGGUUCUCUGGCAGUCCCGGCUCCUGUCUUUUUGUGUGCGGCUCCCAGUGUUUGGAAAGGGCUUCCUCUCUUCAGCCAGUGGUGACGCCGCUCCCUACUCCCCUGUGCCCCCUGCCCUGCGCAGCGGUGCGUGGAACAAAACUCAGGCCGAGGAUUUGACCCGUCUGCCGUCCGCGCCUAGGCCUCGAGCCUCUUGCAGGCAGAGUCGGCCCUGCACAUUUCUUGUGAGACCUCUUUACCAUUUUGGUGCCCGUGCCUCCCAAUGUGCUGUCACUCUCGGCAGCCCCGCCUAGGCCUCGCAGGGUGAGGACUCUGCCGUGCUGGAGAAGAACCCGGUCACUGAGAGGAUCAAGAUCAGUCCGGCAUGUGAGAUGACUGAUGACCUGUUACACACUGUUGAGGACUCAGUAUUGCUCCCUGUUCUAGCCUUGGGUCCAGGAGAACACAGCUGCACCGGGGGUGCCAGCCUCGAGUAGGAUUCUGUCUCUCCUGGUCACUUCUGUGUGUAUGUGAUGCAUCAGGUGCCAGGGAUACAUUGGGGGGCAGGAGAAGCUCCCUGCCUGAGAGGAGCACCCAGCCAGACGGAUUCCGGCCAGCAGAAGGAGAGAUGUACCCACCUGAUACACCCUCGGCAGAUCCAGGAGCCACACCUGGCCUUCGGCUGCUCCUGAAAGCUCCUUCAGACUGCACCCUGGCCCUUCUCUCACUCGCCCUCCCUGGCUCUGUCAUCUGCACGGGGGCGGGAGCUGGGUCUCUAAUUCUGGGUGACCAAUAACACUAAAAAGCAUUAAUAGCCACCGUAGAAAGAAUGACUGUUUUAAAGGUGAGCAUAAUGAGCAGACAAUGCGAGCUGGUGUCUCUAGCAGUCACUCCACAGAACAAAGAAGAGGACAAAUAUUAUUGUUACUCUGAGAGCUAAUCACAGCCUCUGUAGUCACCUCCUCACAAGACAAGAGGGGUGGUGGCUAAAUCAGAUGUGACCUAAACCUAGCGAUGAAGUGUUGGGCCUGGGGAGCAUGACCCGCACUCAGCUGACUUCCUGUGGCUUGCAGGCAAUGGGGAAGAGCAGGAAGGGGGAGCAGAGAGCACGGUGGGCAGACCCUCCACCUGCUGAAUUCUUCCUCUUCAGGCCUUACUGCCUGAGGGUGCCCUGGCUCUGGCUCCACUCCUCAUUCCCAUGUCCCAGCUUUGGUCUCCCGGGUCCCUUGAAAGGUAUCAGUAGGGCUGCUAAGAGGGUGAGGACAGAUGUGAAGAGCAGAAGUGGAGGCUGACCAGGCCAACCAAAUUCCAGGAGGUCAGUCCUAGAGAAGAGAUGGGUGGACUGGGAGCUGACGGAGAAAAAGGGAAGGCAGAGCUGGGUAUAGACCACACCACUGGAUAUGUUUUAAGGGAGCAGAAUAUAUCUUAAUCUUAGCUAAGGGGAUCCUCAGCUUAUCCUGGGUGGGAUUCCCAACAAGAAUCACCUAAGGGAUUUUUAAAGCACACAGCCCUGUCUUGCUUCACUCCUGGCUUCAGAUUAAUGCCUUGUGCAAGGGGAAAUCCCAAGACUUCCUCAGCGUGGCCUCCUGAGCUCUCUGCUGUUUGUUAAUGGAAGUGUGCUGCAUCCCUCAGAGAAAAGAGAUCACCCAGUGGAGAGAAGAGAGACUCAGGGAAGACAGUCACCCAUGAGGAAUGUGGGUGGGACAGACAGGCCCACGAGAGAACACAGAGACCUUGGCUAAGAGCAUCGGGACCUUCUCAGACCCCUGCAAGGACGCACGGAUCACCUCCCCCAAUGACCCCUGUCUUAUUGGGAAGAGUGGUUCCAGUAGCUUCAGUGGCCACAGUGGCUCCAGCAGCUCCAGCACUUCCAUUUCCAGUUCCAGUGGCUCCAGUGGCAGCUCUGGUGGUGGCUCCAGUGGUUCUGGUGUCUCCAGUGGUGGCUCCAGCGGAUCUAGUGUCACCCAGGGUGGUUCUUCAGGAUCUUCGUUAUUUAAGCCAGGAACAGGGUAUUCCCAGAUCAGCUACUCCUCAGGAUCCAGCUCCUCCCAGUCAGAAAGCAGCUCCUCCCAAUCAGGAAGCAGCAGCUUCUUCCAGUCCGGAAGCAGCAACUCCCAGUUGGGAAGCAGCAGUUCCCAACCAGGGUCCGGCUCAGCUCUACCAAUCACUGAUGGUUCUUCCCGCUUGCUAAUAAGCUCUUCCCAGUCUGGAGGAGGCUCAAGCUCAUCUGUUUCCCAAACUUCCUGGAUAUCCAGCAGUGGUGGCCAAAGGGUCAGCUCUAACUUACGCCCCUGUAGUUCAGAUGUCUCCGACUCUCCCUGCAGUGGGGGACCCAUCGUCUCACACUCAGGCUCCUACAUCUCCAGCUCCCACUCUGUGUCAGGGGGUCAAAGGCCAGUGGUGGUGGUGGUGGAACAGCAUGGCUCUGGUGGCCCUGGAUUGACUCAAGGUUCCCCCUGUAGCAGUGGUGGCCUUCCAGGCAAGCCCUGCCCCCCUAUCACCUCUGUGGACAAAUCCUAUGGCAGCUAUGAGGUGGUGGGUGGCUCCUCUGACAGUUAUCUGGUUCCAGGCAUGACCUACAGUGGGGGCAAAAUCUACCCUGUAGGCUACUUCACUAAAGAUAACCCUGUCAAAGGCUCUCCAGGGGUCCCCUCCUUUGCAGCUGGGCCCCCCAUCUCUGAGGGCAAAUACUUCUCCAGCAAUCCCAUCAUCCCCAGCCACAGCUCUUCUAGUUCGAACAUCUACCCAUCAGGAGCUUCCUCGGCGAUUGUGUUCCAGCCAGUGGGCUCUGGUGGGGUCCAGCCCUGUGGUGUUGGCUCUAAGGGGCCCUGCUCCCUUUCCAGUUCUGGAGUCCACAGCAGUUCUAGCGUUUCCAGUAGUUCAUCCUUCCAUCCCUGCGGCGGUGUUUCACAGGGGCCCUGCUCCCCACCAGGCACUGGCUCCUUUAGUGGCAGCUCCAGCUCCAGCUCCCAGUCCACUGGCAAAAUCAUCCUUCAGCCCUGUGGCAGCAAGUCCAGCUCUUCUGGGCACCCUUGCAUUUCUGUUUCCUCUUCAACAUUGAGUGGGGGUCCCGAUGGUUCUCCCCAACCUGAUCCUUCAGCUGGUGCCAAGCCCUGUGGCCCCAGCAGCUCUGGAAAGAUCCCCUGCCGAUCCAUCCGGGACAUCCUGGCCCAAGUGAAGCCUUUGGGGCCCCAGCUAGCUGACCCUGAAGUUUUCCUGCCCCAAGGAGAGUUACUUGACAGUCCAUAAGUUGUCCUUUGCAUAUGUGCAUGUGUGGGCAUACACAUACAUACACACACACACCAUCUCUCAGUUGGGAGAUGUCCAGGGGCCCAGGUUAGCUCAGUUUCCUUUCUCCUUCCCAAGAGAGCUGUUCUAUUUUCUCCAGUGCUCCAAUAUGGUAGGUUCCCCUAAUCACGUUUUUUUCUUCAUCUUCCCAAAUUGUAGACUCCAAAUCCAUUCCCUCAUUCUCUCCUACUGCUUAGAUUCCCCUUGUACUAUAGUGCCCUCCCUGCCAGAUAACCACUCCCUAAAAUUUCCUGUCAUUUCUUUGAGAUGGUACAGUCCGUUAGCUAACCCUACCAUUCAGAUUCUUGACUGGGAACCCCUGAAAUGUCUCGGAGUAACUCAUUCCUGGAUAAGUCAUCCUCCCUCUCCCUGUUUGCUAAAUAGCAAGUACAAAACUGUUACCUGAAAGCAAUGACCACUUUUUACUGACAUCCCCUUGCCGUCUGAUCAACAAACGUGCCAUGCCAUGGGGUUCUCACGCUCCCAAUUCCACUCUCAUCUUCUGCUAUAGAGAUACCACACCCUCUGUGAGUUCCCAACACUCUUGACUCUUGAGAUCUCCAUCUCAGUCUCCCUUCCUGGCUGCCACUUUCCUCAAUGCUCAGAUGCUUCUCGUGUGAGAGAGACACCAGGGCACCCUCAGAGACUGGAGUAGGCUUCCUGCUAUCUCUGGACCCUGGACAGAUGGCUCAAUAAACUGUGUGAACUAAAUGCA